AUGAAUAAUCAUUGCAAACUAGUUUCUGAACAAAUUGGCCUAAGAAAUAAACUUCAAAGCUCAACCGUUUCGAAAGGUGAAAGCUUUUCUGAGCUUUUCAUUUUGAUGGUCAAAGAGUCAGAAAAUAUUAAAAUACAUUCAAAUGGAACUUCAAACUCUCAUUUUGAUCUUAUCAGUUUUUGUGUUAAUCCACAAAUCUUGCGCUCAAAACAGAUUCAUAGUACACAUCGUAGACUUGAAUUGAAUCCAGAAUCAACAGAGAGAGUCGAUGUGCGUUGUGUUGGAACUGUUUUAUCAGAUCGACAUGUUCUAACAUCUGGCGAUGCAAGAUGUUUAUUUCCAUCAGAAAAUCAAAUUAUGGCAGUUCUUGUUUUACAGACUUCAGGGCCAAGCAAAGCUUAUACUUUGCGUAGAUUAUUUAGAUAUCCUGACAUGCAACAUGAUAUUGUUAUACUAGAAAUCAAUGACAGAUUUGAUUUAACAGUUUUUGCAAGUCAAACUAUUGGUACUUUAGAACUUGGAAGUUCUUGUAAAUUGUUUGCACUCGACUCACUUUCUAUUAAUCCAAGACCUCUAAAUGUAACCAUAAAUGAGUCGGAAAACUGCGAGCAUACCCGCGCUGAAACUUUCUGUGUGAACUUUCCUGGGACAACACUGCAAUGUACAACGAAUUUUAUGGGAACCCCUCUUGUUUGUGGAGAUGAAGGAGUCGUUAAUGGAAUUGUUGUGGUGAAUGCUUGCACAACUUUUCUUAGAUUAUUUUUAGCUCAUAAUAUCGGGCAUGUGCGUGAUUGGAUUAAUGGAGUCGUAUCUGGUGAAAUUUCUGAUGGUGAUGAUCUUGGUAAUGGUGCCAGUGCAAUUUCAGCGAAAAACUUGAUUUUACUUGCAGCAUUUUUGACCAGUUUGAGAAAAUUUCUUUAA